AUGCAUUCGUUGUCAAGGAUUCUUCUGAAUAGGAACAAAGUGCUAGUGCAGCCAGCCUAUUUAGUGGCCGUUAGACACACAUCUGCUGGUCCGCCUCCAUCCACUCCUGCGAAAGAAGGAUCCUUGACUUACAAAUACGAAAAGUUUAUUGGAAAGUGGCCUAAAGUGUUGGCACUUCAUCGUACUGUUCUCGAAGGCUCUCGAUGGUGCUUUGCCGACGUCAAAAUGUACUUCAGAACAAAGAAAGCUGUGACAACUGGCCAAAAGAAGCUUAGCGAUCUCACUGUCGAAGAACUCGAAACGCUGGUCCAGAUGCCAGUCGAGGGACCAAAAAUGGCGAUUGUUACUGCGCUUUUGCCCGUGCCACUCAGUGUUUACGUCUUUGCUUUCGCUGUGAUAUUCUUCCCACGCCUUGUGCUGACCCGUCACUUCUGGUCCGAUGAGCAGAGACGCGAGUUUUUCCAGUUGGAAGUCACCAAAGCGCUCAUUAGUGGAGAGCAGCUGCUCAGCACUUUUGGCAGUCCAUCACCAUCCGAUGAAAACAGGCUGAAACCAAUAGACAAACUGGAUACCAGUGAAAUGCUCCUUCUCCAUGGAAUGCAUUCGAUGUAUCCUCUCCCAGGUGCUAAGCGGCGGAUCGAAAAGCGAAUGGAGGUUCUUAGAGCUCUGGAUAAUUUGAUGCCCAGUGCAAUUGAUGGGUUCAAUGAAAGACAACUCAUUUUUAAUUGCUACAUUCGAAAGAUUGAUAUUGGCAAGAAAAGCGAGUCGGAAAUGCGUGAUUCAUUACGGCAAUAUGUCAAAUUCACUUCUCGAAUGCCCAACAAUGUCUAUCUCUACGCAUCGCCACUUUUCAAGCAGAAGUAG